UCUGUCGAACUCUCCCAGGUACACGCCCUUUGACUUGUCAGGGAAAAAAGUUUAAGAAAAAACUAAAUCACGGAAGAGAUUAUUUAGCCCUAGUUUGGCAAGUUUCUUUUGUGGUCUCAAAGCAGCGGAGAUAGACGGAAAAGUAACACAAAGUUGGCCACAUUUGAACUGUUCGCUUGUCCUGUAGGAAGUAUAUGGUGAGUUAUAUAUUUUGUUCAUACUUUAUUGAAAAAGUUUUGCACUGUAAAUUUGCUUAACUCAUAACGCGUAUGCCACGUUUUAGAUACACCCUUGCAGGAUCUGUCUAUACGCUCUUGGACAGUGCCAAUGACGACGCUGUUGGAGACUCCAAGAGACUCCAGGUUUUUUUACGUAGCAAGUAGCGGAUAACGUUUGAUUUCAAAGGGGGGAAAACUAUUUAACUACAUGUUAGUGCAUUAUUUAUCAUAAACGCAUAGCUAUUCUUGAUCAGUCAUAGCGUGUGCACAGUCAACCAAAAAAUACCUGAGAUAAGGCCUCUUUUGUAAACGGAUAUAUCAGCUGAUAUCUAGCCUACCAUGAGCCAUAUGAGCCUGUUUGGUUUGUACAACUGGCCUAAAAUGUAUGGACUAUCCAAACAACAUAUGACCUAUGCGUAAACCUACACUGUAAAGGAGUUACCGUGAUUUUGACAGUAGCUUACAGGAAGCUCGGUGGCAAGUACAAUUCUGUAUUUCAUAUUACAGUACACCCACUGUAAUGUAAAUAUAGUAUCAAACCAACCACUGUGUAAUGACACACAGUAAAACAAAAUGGAUGGAUGGAUGGAUGGAUGAAAUUCGUUGAGGGGAAGGGUUUGUAUUUCACAAUAUUUUACUGUAAUUACAAGAGAUUGGUGCAAGCAGGUUGGCUGCUAGGUAAAGGGUUUACGAACAUUGCAGCAUAUUAAUGAAUAUUUUGUUUAUUUCACUUUCACUUUCUAGAGGCCUUAGCUUAGGCUUGCAAACUGGCAGUGACUACUGGGCAAAACAGACCAAAAGGACAUGGCAAAAUGCUUAACUAUUUAAGGUUUAAGACUUGCUACCACUCGAAUCUGUCCCCUAUACAUUUUAAAAUGAUGGGGCACUAUAACCACAUAGGACUUAAAUUGGUACAGCAUUCUCAUUCACUGGUGUAACAAAUAUAGCCUCUUGCAAGGCACGCCUCAAAAUAUGGUAAUGAGACAGAAGCAACAAUACCAUGCACCCACUAAUGGUCAAAAGGUUUUUUGCACUCCAAACAUAUGGUACGGUACUGUAUUCUGUGGGGUGGAAUUACAGUACCAUUCGAAAUGCAGCAAUUAUUUCCCCGCCCACAACAUUUUCCCACAAUGCACCAUAAUUUACAGUAUGCUGCAGUAAAACGUUUCAGAUUAUUUUACUGUUGAUAAUACAAAAUAUUACUGCAAAAUGUACCGUUUUCCAUUACAGUGUAUGUGUAAGGGUGAUACUAUGCAUUGCGACUUUAUAAUCUGUCAUAGCCUACAUACUACAACCUAUUUCCUAUAAGAUCUCCAACAAUGAUAAAUGUCCGAAAGUAAAACCUGUGUAAACAACCAGAGCUCAAGGCACUCUUCAAUUGGCUCAUAAUUCUCAUUCUUAAAUUAGUGCACCAUUGAUGUUCAGCAGUUUUUUUGUAAACCUAUGUGAUAAAUUAGAGAGGCACUGCAAGCCUGUUCGGUGCAGUAUAUAGCCACAACCUAACUUGUUCCUCUCUUAAUAUUUCAUUCCACACGAGCGGUAGUAUUGCCAUUACUCAGAGCACGUACUGUAUCACAUUCGCCCAUUUGGAAACACAACCCUCAAUCUCCUUUGGGCUCUGAAGUGAAACGGGAAACCUCUGGGUGUCUAUAUUGAAUUAUUUGCAGAGUCGUUUUUUUGCCUUUUUCUCCCAAUAAUAGGGAUUUGUUUAUGUGUGUCGGAACUGAGGCGGGGUCAGAGCUGUCCUUGUGAUGUUGGCUAAGUAAUAGAAGCCCUGUGUUCAUUAGUCAGAUUUAGGGAGUGAUGUGGCUCGACACAUGCUGUCUGGCGGCCGUUUGGAGAUGAGGUCUACUGUCACUGACCCUGACCGCAAGAAGGCAAAACCAGGUUGCAGCCAGGCCACCAAGUAAAUAAUACUUGUACGAAUAGGACAGAAAUGGAUAUGCAAGAAUCGUGACUGUACCAAUACUGUACCAAUUUAACUAUGUGGUUAUAUGUGGUUACAUCAAUUUGUACAGUGCCUUCAGGAAGUAGUCACACCCCUUGACUUUUUCCACAUUUUGUUGUGUUACAGCCUGAAUUUAAAAUGGAUUAAAUAGAUAUAUUUUUUUAUCACUGGCGUACACAAUUUUUUUCCCUGAAAUAUAUUAGAAAUUAUAAAGCUGAAAUGUCUUGAUUUAAUAAGGAUUCAACCCUCCGUGUAUGUCAAUGAUGUCGCUCUUGCUGCUGGUGACUCUCAGAUCCACCUCUACGCAGACGACACCAUUUUGUAUACAUCUGGCCCUUCAUUGGACACUGUGUUAACAAACCUCCAAACGAGCUUCAAUGCUAUACAACACUCCUUCCGUAGCCUCCAACUGCUCUUAAACACUAGUAAAACUAAAGGCAUGCUCUUCAAUCCUGCCCACCCAACUAGAAUCACUACUCUCGACGGGUCUGACCUAGAGUAUGUGGACAACUACAAACACCUAGGUGUCUGGUUAGACUGUAAACUCUCCUUCCAGACUCACAUUAAGCAUCUCCAAUCCAAAGUUAAAUCUAGAAUCGGCUUCCUAUUUCGCAAUAAAGCCUCCUUCACUCAUGCUGCCAAACAUGCCCUCGUAAAACUGACUAUCCUACCGAUCCUUGACUUCGGCGAUGUCAUUUACAAAAUAGCCUCCAACACUCUACUCAGCAAAUUGGAUGUAGUCUAUCACAGUGCCAUCCGUCUUGUCACCAAAGCCCCAUAUACUACCCACCACUGUGACCUGUACGCUCUUGUUGGCUGGUCCUCACUACAUAUUCGUCGCCAAACCCACUGGCUCCAGGCCAUCUAUAAAUCACUGCUAGGCAAAUCCCCGCCUUAUCUUAGCUCAUUGGUCACCAUAGCAACACCCACCCGUAGUAUGCGCUCCAGCAGGUAUAUCUCACUGGUCAUCCCCAAAGCCAACACCUCCUUUGGCCGCCAUUCCUUCCAGUUCUCUGCUCUGUUGCCAAUGACUGGAACGAACUACAAAAAUCUCUGAAGCUGACGUCUCUUAUCUCCCUCACUAACUUUAAGCAUCAGUUGUCAGAGCACCUUACCGAUCACUGCACCUGUACACAGCCCAUCUGAAAUUAGCCCACCCAACUACCUCAUCCCCAUAUUGUUAUUUAUUUUGCUCAUUUGCACCCCAGUAUCUCUAUUUGCACAUCAUCUCUAUCAUUCCACUGUUAAUACUAAUUGUAAUUAUUUUGCACUAUGGCCUAGUUAUUGCCUUACCUCCAUAACUUGCUACAUUUGCACACACUCUAUAUAUAUUUUCUGUUGUAUUUUUGACAUUACGUUUUGUUUUACCCCAUAUGUAACUCUGUGUUGUUGUUUUUUUCGCACUGCUUUGCUUUAUCUUCGCCAGGUCGCAGUUGUAAAUGAGAACUUGUUCUCAACUGGCUUACCUGGAUAACUAAAGGUUAAAUAAAUAAAUAAAUACAAUUUUGUUAUGGCAAGCCUUGUGGUGAGUGAUUUUGAACGGAGUCAGGCGCAGGAGGGUAAAUCACAGAAUGAAAGGGUUUAUUCCGAAAAGCACAGCGGUACGCAGCAAUGCGUCAAACACUCCAGAGCGUAAAUCAGGCGCACAGGGAAACAACAAUGCACACGGGUGAAAUAUCCCGGCGAUACAAAAUACAAGGAGCUCCACCGAAUAAACAAUUACACACAAAGACAAGGGGGCAGAGGGAACACUUAUACAAGUACUGAUGAGGGGAUGAGAACCAGCUGUGUGUAAUAAACAAGACAAAACAAAUGGAAUGAUGAGAUGAGGCUAGAAGGCCGGUGACGACGAACGCCGAAGCCUGCCCGAACAAGGAGAGGAGGCAGUUUUGGAGGAAGUCGCGACAAGCCUAAAGAAGUUCAGGAGUAAAAAUGUGCUUAACAAGUCACAUAAUAAGUUGCAGGGACUCACUCUCUGUGCAAUAAUAGUGUUUAACAUGAUUUUUGAAUGACUGCCUCAUCUCUGUACCCCACACAUACAAUUAUCUGUAAGGUCCCUCAAUCGAGCAGUGAAUUUCAAACAAAGAUUCAACCACAAAGACCAGGGAGGUUUUCCAAUGCCUCGCAAAGAAGGACACCUAUUGGUGGAAGGGUAAAAAAUAUAUAUAUAUAUAUAUUGAAUUUAUCUUGGCAUGGUGAAGUUAUUAAUUACACUUUGGAUGGUAUAUCAAUACACCCAGUCACCACAAAGAUACAGGCGUCCUUCUUAACUCAGUUGCCGGAGAGGAAGGAAACCAUUCAGGGAUUUCACCAUUAGGCCAAUGGUGACUUUAAACAGUUACAUAGUUUAAUGGCUGUGAUAGGACAAAACUGAGGAUGGAUCAACAACAUUGUAGUUACUAUGCUUGUAAUCAUUAACGAGGGGGGGGGGGGGUUCUCAGGAUAAAAAAAUUACUGGAAUGGAGCUAAGCACAGGCAAAAUCCUAGAGGAAAACCUGGUUCAGUCUGCUUUCCACCAGACACUGGGAGCAAGACAAUAACCUAAAACACCUGAAAAUGGUUGUUUAGUAAUGAUCAACAACCAAUUUGACAGAAUAAUUUUUUAAAGAAUAAUGGGCAAAUGUUGCACAAUCCAGGUGUGGAAAGCUCAUAGAGACUUACCCAGAAAGACCCACAGCUAUAAUCGCUGCCAAAGGUGAUUCUAACAUGUAUUGACUCAGGUGGUUGAUUACUUAUCUAAUCAAGAUAUAUUAGUGUUUUAUUUUUCAUAAAUGUUUAACAAAUGUUAGAAUUUUUCUUUCACUUUGACAUUACAGAGUAUUUUGUGUAGCCCGUUGACAAAAAAUGACAAUUCAAUCCAUUUUAAUUCCACUUAGUAACACAACAAUAUGGUUGAGCAUUUUGCCAUGUACUUUUGGUCUGUUUUGUCCUGUAGUCGCUGCAGUUUGGAAGCCUUUGUUAAAGCCUCUAGAAGUGCAAGUGAUAUAAAACACCAAAUAUACAAUAAUAUACUGUAUUUGUAAACACUUUACCUAGGAGCUAACCUGCUAGCAACAAUCCCUUGUAUUUACAGUAAAAUACUGUGAAAUACAAACCCUUCCCCUCAAUGAAUUUAAUUAAUUAAUUCAUCCAUUCAUUGAUUCCGAUUAUGGUAGCAUAUACUUUUUUACAGUAUAAUACAGUGAAUUUUACGUAUUGUACUGUGUGACAUUACACAGUACUUGCUUUGAUACCGUAUUUUUUUACAGUAGGUGUACUGUACUAUGAAAUACAGAAUUGUACUUGCCACCGAGCUGCCUCGAAGCUACUGUCAAAUUCACAGUAACCUCUUUACAGUGUAUGCUUUUUCUUGGCGAACGUGUGUGUGUACUUUGUGCUACAUUUAAAUACUAAAGUUGACAAACGAGUGAGGUUGGUUCAUUAAACGUGCAAACAUCUCCCUUCACCGCUUUGGGGCAAACUAGCUUGGCCUGUAAAUUCCUAUCCUGUUUAAGUGAUCUCCUCUGACAGAAAUGAAUGGAAUUCCUGCAUGGAUAUGUCACUCACUGUCAUGCAUUGUAUUUUGUGCUCAGUGUGAGGGCCAUCUUACACAUACAGCUGUCUAUUGUGAGUAAUAGGACACAUAUCACGCAUAUCUCAUUCAAUCAGUCCAACACUCAUGGGCUGUAUUACACACAUACAACCUGAUUACUCACAUAUAAAGACGCAUACAGCACAAACUAACACGCACAUGCAUGCACACACGCACACACGCACACAUGCUAACAUAUUCACUAUGUCAAAUGUCUUUCAAAAUCUUGAAAUUAAUUUUUGUAAUCACAUGAGAGUGCAUAAGGGCGUGAGGAGGCAACAGAGAAAGAGAUCGAGAGACAGAGAAAGAGAGAGAGACAUACAGUUCCAGUCAAAACUUUGGACACACAUACUCAUUCCAGGGGUUUUCUUUAUUUUUACUAUUUUCUACAUUGUAAAAUAAUAGUGAAGACAUCAAAACUAUGAAAUAACACAUAUGGAAUCAUGCAGUAACCAAAAAAGUGUUAAACAAAUCAAAAUAUAUUUUAGUAGCCACCCUUUGCCUUGAUGACAGCUUUGCACACUCUUGGCAUUCUCUCAACCAGCUUCAUGAGGUAGUCACCUGGAAUGCAUUUCGAUUAACAGGUGUGCCUUGUUAAUGCGUUUGAGCCAAUCAGUUGUGUUGUGACAAGGUAGGGUUGGUAUACAGAAGAUAGCCCUAUUUGGUAAAAGACCAAGUCCAUCAUUACUUUAAGACAUGAAGGGCAGUCGAGAACUUUGAAAGUUUCUUCAAGUGCAGCCGCAAAAACCAUCAAGCGCUUUGAUGAAACUGGCUCUCAUGAGGACCGCCACAGGAAGGAAGACCCAGAAUUACCUCUGCUGCAGAGGAUAAGUUCAUUAGAGUUAACUGCACCUCAGAUUGCAGCCCAAAUAAAUGCUUCACAAAGUUCAAGUAACAGACACAUCUCAACAUCAACUGUUCAGAGGAGUCUGCGUGAAUCAGGCCUUCAUGGUCGAAUUGCUGCAAUGAAACCACUACUAAAGGACACCAAUAAGAAUAAGAGACUUGCUUGGGCCAAGAAACACGAGCAGUGGACAUUAGACCGGUGGAAAUGUGUCCUUUGGUCUGAUGAGUCCAAAUUUGAGAUUUUUGGUUCCAACCGCCGUGUCUUUGUUAGACGCAGAGUAGGUGAACGGAUGAUCUCAGCAGUGGUGGUUCCCACCGUGAAGCAUGGAGGAGGAGGUGUUAUGGUGUGGGGGUGCUUUGCUGGUGACACUGUCAGUGAUUUAUUUAGAAUUCAAGGCACACUUAACCAGCAUGGCUACCACAGCAUUCUGCAGCGAUAUGCCAUCCCAUCUGGUUUGCGCUUAGUGGGACUAUCAUUUGUUUUUCAACAGGACAAUGACCCAAAACACACCUCCAGGCUGUGUAAGGGCUAUUUUACCAAGAAGGAGAGUGAUGGAGUGCUGUAUCAGAUGACCUGGCCUCCACAAUCACCCGAUCUCAACCCAGUUGAGAUGGUUUGGGAUGAGUUGGACCGCAGAGUGAAGGAAAAGCAGCCAACAAGUGCUCAGCAAAUGUGGGAACUCCUUCAAGACUGUUGGAAAAGCAUUCCUCAUGAUGCUGGUUGAGAGAAUGCCAAGAGUGUGCAAAGCUGUCAUCAAGGCAAAGGGUGGCUACUUUUAGGAAUCUAAAAUCUAAAAUAUAUUUUGAUAUAUUUAACACUUUUUGGGUUACUACAUGAUUCCAUAUUUGUUAUUUCAUAGUUUUGAUGUCUUCACUAUUAUUCUACAAUGUAGAAAAUAGUAUAAAAUAAGGAAAACUCUUGAAUGAGUAGGUGUGUCCAAACAUUUGACUGGUACUGUAUAAAGAAGGAGAGAGAGAUAGAGAAAGAUAGAGAGCAGACAGGUGGCAGGUAAUCCCUGAGGUAAUCUGAAACCGUGGCCCUAUGGUGGCUUCAGUAGAUCAGAUGACCUAUCAAAGAUCAGAACUUCCAUUGUACAUCACCGCUUGUCUCUCAGUCAGACUCUCUCUCACCCUUAGUUUAUCGCACAUCACCUGUCCAUCUCCUACCUACCCUAUUCUACCAAGGAGUUCAAGGCUCAACACCUGAAACCACAAGCCUUUGUGCAUCUCAAGGACAUCCACUGUUUCUUUUUCCACUGUGGUGGUCUAUCUUUGUCUACUUAAAUUAAAUUGUAGAUUGUCACAGAAAUAAUUUUGUCAAAUGUGCAUUGCCUGUGUCACUCAAUCAAUAUCUCACACCAUCUCUGUUUUUUUUUUCUCUCUCUCUCUCUCUCUCUCUCUCUCUCUCUCUCUCUCUCUCUCUCUCUCUCUCUCUCUCUCUCUCUCUCUCUCUCUCUCUCUCUCCCCUUUCUCUCUCUCUCUGUCUCUCUCUCUUUCUCUGCUCUCUCUUACCUUCUUACCUGCUUCCUCUCCCCCCUUUCCCCCAACCACCCUGUUCAUCCCUCUCUACCAAACCCUACCCCUCUAUCUCGGGGCAGAGAGAGAGAGAGCAGUCAUGGAGUCGGCCAUUCAGACGGUAGUGGGUGUCUUCCUGAAGUCAGCCAAGGGGAAGGAGAGUUUGGGAGGGAAUGACUUCCAGAAGCUGGUGAAGAGCCAGCUCCACAACAUCAUGAUGGUCAGUCAGACAGCAGCCUCCACACUCACCAUGGCUGAUGUCACUCAAAUGAAGUUAUAAACCAGCCAUAAACACUACACCUUUUUGAACUCUUUGAUUGAGCUAUAGUUGUUAAGAUUAAGAUCACUUUAAUUGUCAAUUGUACACAAGGUCCAACCGAAAUUUGACUUCUGCUUUAUCCCAACCCCUCCGAAAGACACACAUACAGUGGGGUUCGAAAUUAUUGACACCCUUGAUAAAGAUGAGAAAUAAUGCCUGUAUAAAAUAAAUAAUAAAAUACUGAGCUAUAUUGUCUGCUCAAAAAAAUGGGAUGUAAAUUUUUCUGACCUCUACCUUUUUGAGAUUUGUUUGUAUUACUUGUUAAACAAAAUCUCUUUCUCUGAGCAAUUUAAUUAGUAUAAAAUAAUAUAAUUUCCCCAUUUUAUGAAGCAUACAGUAUUUUAAUAAUUUAUUUUAUACAGUCAUUGUUGCUCAUAUGUAUCAAGGGUGUCAAUAAUUUCAAACCCCACUGUACAUAUACAGGUUGGAGUAGGGUGCUGCCACACUGGGCGCCCUGUAGCAGUUGUUGUAGGAGGUUAAGUACCUUGCUCAAGGGCACAAUGGCAGGCAACGGUGUUUAGGAUUUAAUACCAGCAACCCUCUGGGUUGCAAGCUCACUUCCCACCAUAUUUUUCCCGUCAGACCUGGGAUUCAAACUGGCAACCCUCUAACCGCUAGACUGCCUGCUGCACUAGUAAGAUAAUGAAGGCUUCUCGGUAAUGGCUAGUGUUUGGAAUAGGAGACACUACAGACUAACAUAUAAAAUAGGGUGGGUUGCACCAACAUGGAUUAACUCUUAAACUUGGUUAAAUCAAGGUCUAUCUAUUAAUCAUGCUGCACAAAACAGUACUGUACCUUGUGAUGCAAGGGGUCAGUUACUACUGAGGUCACCUCUGCUGUCUUCACCUUUGAGUCACGUCUGCCCAUCUCUGUAUCUACUCUGUACCCAGGACACAGACAGCUCCGAGGCAGUGAAGAAAAUGCAACAGGGCCUGGACGCCAACCAGGACGGUAAAGUCAACUUUGAGGAGUACAUGAAGCUGGUGGGCUACCUAGCAACCUCCCUGAGUGUGCAAUGCACCGCUGCCGUGGAGACGCCAGCCGAGAGUGCGGCCGCCACAACGGAGACCAAGAGUGCACCAGCAGCAGCAGAGGUAAAGGAAGAGAAGGCAGAAGCGGAGGCACAGCCAGAGGAGGCACAGGCAGAGCCAGAGGCAGCCACAGCUGUAGAGGCACCAGCAGAGGCAGCCACAGAAGCAGCCGUAGAGAAAGAGAAGGUUGAAGAGGCAGAAAAGGUGGAAAAGGUGGAGGAUCCAGCACCAGCAGCAACCGAGGAGGAGAAGACAGAGGAGGCCUCAUAGAAGUUUACCACUGGUCCUGUCCGGACAUUACAAUACACACCAACACCAAACUGGUACACACCUCACUACCCUAAUACACACUACAGUACACUAUACAACCCACCCUUCAAACAGAGUGCUAAUACCAUAAUAAUAAUAAUAAUAAUAAU